GCAGCCUCCGCCUGGGAUUUUAAAGCUCCAUCUUGGCCGCGGCGGCAGGAUCUAGAGUGCGCUCCGCAGCGAGGAGGCGCAGCGGCCGCCCCCAUGUCCCGCAGGAGGAAGGUGGCGGCGGCGGCCGGGGGGAAGCCGCAGGGCAGCAGAGGAGAGGCGGCGGCGGCGGCGGCCCCGGGGGUGUCGGGCGCUGCGGAGAAAGUUGUGUACUCGCGCUCGCAGGUGUCGUUCGCCGGCAUCAAGGCGCUGGGCGACGCCAUCAAGCUCUUCAUGCCCAAGUCCACGGAGUUCAUGCGCUCGGACUCGGAGCUGUGGGACUUCCUGUGCAGCCUCAAGCACGAGUUCUCGCCGGUCAUCCUGCGCAGCAAGGACGUGUACGGCUACGCCUCGUGCCGCGCCGAGGUGCCCGCGCCGCCGCCGCCCCGCGCCCGCCGCCCGGCGGCCACGCCGCGUCCUCCCGCCUUCCCCUGCAGCAUCCGCGUGCGGGGCAGCGUGUGGGGCCGGCGGAGCCUGGCGGCGGCGCGGAGACAGGCGCAGCGCAUCCUGCGCGUGGACCUGUCGCCCGUGGUGCGGCUCCGCCGCCUGCCCAUGGCGCGGUGCUGAGCGCCGGGACCGGACGGGACGAGCUCCGCGCACCUGUUCACACGGCCCCGCCUGCGCCGCGUCCUGCUGCACUUUAGAGACCCCCCACCCCCCCCGAGCCUGGGGCCGCGGCCUGGCGGGGACUUAACCGAGGAGCCGCUGGCAGCGCCUGCCCAGCUGCACUGGGAUGUGCUCAGGGUGGCCGGACUCGGCUCCUCUGGCUGAAGCUUUUGACCAAGGAUGUUUGUUGCCUCAGGAAGCAGGACCAGGGGUAGUGGGGAUGGUGCAAAACCUCUUUCUUUCUUCCUUUUUUUUAACCUUCUCGCCCAGCUUUGAGGCCUGGCUGGGCGCCAUGGACUUGUUAUGCGUUUUGUAUCCACAAUCCUUUCUACUCUUUUAUAGCUGACCCCGGGAUUUGCUUUUUACAGAGCGCCCAAAGCGGCUUAAAGUGUUCAGCUCUCUUUUUGGACAGACCCAGGUUUGAUUUAAGGGAAGUUGGAGAUGCAGUGGUCCUCCCGGGGCUCAGAGAAACAGCCUGCAAAGAGAUGGGCUUGCUGAGGAGCUUCCGAUACCUUUGCUGUGAUCUUAGAGGGACAAAAGGCUUGAUUCUAGACUGUUCUCGUUAAAAGCAAAAACAAAAAGACAAGCAAACACAAAGAACCAUCCAAAGUUGGGGAAGACUGUUGAACAUGUAACAAAUGGUUAAUGUGACUUGCCAGCCACUUUGGCCGCUUAUAGAAGCGGGUGGUUAGUUAGAGUGGCUAACACCUAAAUGCUACGUGAUUGAAGUACAAUAUUUAAAAUAAACAGCAAUGAAGCUUGAUUUAUCA